CUUGAAAAUAUUCUUUCAAUUGUCUGAGUCGCAAGUUCGGGGCGUCCAGAGCAUCCAGGAAGCCUGUUAUCACGCGUUUGGUGAGUCGCAGCUAAAGCAGGUCUGAGAAUCCGUGUCGUGCACGUUUGCGUGGAAAGAAAACACAUUCAUUAGCUGUUCAGUUAUGACUUGUCGCACAAUUCUGGUGUUACUCACAAAUGCAAUCCUCCUGUCCGCUCUGUGCUACGCCCAGGUCAACUUCUCGCCCACGUGGGGCAAGAGAACCGUCACGCAAGAAGAAUGCACCUCCAAGCCUUCCAUGGAACUUCUCAUGUAUUUAUACAAGAUGAUCGAGAAUGAGGCGCAAAAAAUAUCAGAUUGUGAGAAGUUCAGAAGUUAACAAUGUCACAUGGACAAGCACCAAUGAUAUGACGAGGCAAUUGAUUCAAAGGACGUUACGAAAAACUUCAAAGUUGGUCAACGUUAUGUGCCGCUGAAGCAUUGAAAAAAAUGUAUUACAUGAGUCUAAUUUUUUUUAUGAUUCCCAUCGUGUAAUAUUUACUGUCUCUCAGAGCCCCCAAGUAAAAAUCUAUUCUGGGAAACACUCUGUAGCUAUUCAUUAACAUGGAAGUAGCAAAUGCUUUUAGUUCUGUAUCAUCAUGUCAAGAUAAUAAAUUUUUGACGCCUUCAAACUUC